AUGUACAGAAAUAAAUACCAGGCGAAUAUUCUUUCUCUUUUGCUAAGCGCGGGCUCGAAGCCUUUGGAGUUGUGGAAAACAAAAACGAAGAAAGGAUGCGUCCGAAAAGUUUUAGAUGAUGCAAUAAAAUUAAGUGCAAUUGAAAUCAUAUCCGAAAAUACAUCUGACUCUUAUAUAUACACAGCACCUGGAAAAUUUAAAUCUUUGGCCAUAAGUCUACCCAUUAUAGUUCUCAUAGUUAAAAAUAUGAACAAAUACUUUUCCUUCAGAAUUAGUAUCAUGGAUGACAAAAGGUGUAGAAGAACAUUUAGAAUUUCUAAUUUCCAGACAGUCACAAGGCUUUCAAACAAGUGGUGCACCAUGCCCAUGGUCCUAAACGAAGGAUGGAAUAUAAUUCAAAUAAAUUUAAAGGAAUAUACAGAAAAAGCGUUCAAAACAAAAUAUGUUGAAACCAUUGAUAUGCAAAUAAAUGCUAGCAUAAGAAUAAGAUGUAUAUACUUUUGUGAUAAAAUUUACAAUAAUGAUGAAUUAAAAGACGAAUUCAAAAUAUUUUCCAAGAAAAAAGAAAAAAUUAAAUACAUUCCUCCGCAAUAUUUGAACAAGCCUUUGAAAAAAACAACUAUUAAAAAUAUUGCAAAGGAAAAGAUAGCAAAAAAGGAGGGAGAAAUAGAGGAAGAAAAUGUUAAUCACAGCAUUUUGAAAAAUACUCAAGGAGAUAACAAGCGGGAGGACCAACUAGGGGGCAACAGUGAAUCGCCAACUAAGUUUCCAACUGAGUCUCCAACAGAACUGACAAAUGAACAGGACAAAAAACAUAACAAAAUGGAGGACAUGACAGAAGGCAUAGAAAACUACAGCUAUCGGAAUGAGGAUACUGAGUGGGAGAAUAAGAACGACGAAAACGAUGAGUACUUAGUCAACAUCAUCCAUAACAUGGAGGGUGAAAACGAGCUGGAGAAGGACAAUCAGAAUGGAAAAAGAGACGAAAUACCCAAAAUGGACAAUAAUGGCCAAAGAAACGAAAAUGAAAAAGAGCUAGCUGCAAAUAUAUACAACGAAGCUGAUAUUAGUCACAUAACCGAAAUAAAAAACAUCGAGAUGGAUUUGAACAAUGUUCUCUAUGAGGAUAUAAAUUAUGAAACGUAUAAUAACGAUGACAAUUAA